AUGCUAACCGCGCUUACCCAGACACGACCCGCUGGAGUGGAACUCGAUGGCGUGGGGAUCGUUGCUAUCUUGAGCAAAGAUAGCGGGUCCGAAUUGCUUUUGCAGAAGCAAUAUCGACCUCCUGUAAAUAAAGUGGUCAUUGAGGUUCCGGCUGGCCUGAUUGACGUUGGUGAGACUCCGGAGCAGUGUGCUGUUCGUGAACUUUUCGAGGAGACGGGUUAUGUUGGUGUGGCGGAGCAAACUAGUCCAGUCAUGUUCAAUGAUCCUGGAAUGUGUAACACCAAUUUGCACAUGGUUCACGUUAAGGUUGAUAUGUCGCUCCCUGAAAAUCAGAACCCGAAGCCUCAGCUUGAAGAGAAUGAGUUCAUCGAGUGCUUUACGGUACCAUUAACAUCUUUGUUCGACGAAAUGAAGAACCUUGAAAAGGAGGGCUAUGCCAUUGACGCUCGCAUUGGAACUCUUGCAGAGGGUAUUGAGUUGGCGAAAAAGUGGAAGCUGUGA